AUGAUAGCUAUGAAUGUCGAAGUAAGAGUUGCAGCCAUCUCUUUUGAGCAUCGAUUGAUUCGUUACCUCAAAGAAGAACAAAUCAAUCGAAGUCCAACUCGAGGUGAAGAUUCUUGUUGUUUCUACUUGCCACACUCAUUAACUUUGGCUUUCCUGAUUCGCUGCAAGGCUUUUGAUGGACUUGCAAAAAAGUUCUGGUUCACAUUACAACGCUCAGGUACUGAAAUGGUGACCAGAGAGUUUACUAUCUCUGGAACUGAUUACGAGAUUGGGCAUGUGAUCGCACCGAAUGCCAGUCGGAGUGGCUUACCUUCCACUGAUUUGGACAUGAAAUUGUUUCAUGGUCUCGAAAACGAGGACGUAAUCACUCUUGCACUGGGAAAGGAAAAGGAUGGCCCUGCUUUAGAAACAUUUUGCUUCAAAGCAAUGAAGCCAAAGAGCAAAGAAGAUGCAAUUUUUUCUUCUGACUCACCAAUUCGCUUUGCACCUCAUUUUGCAUCCCAAAGCACCUCGAAGAAAAGGACAGAAACUGCACACAGUGAUAAGGCAUCGAACCAUCACAAGAAGCUUAAGAAGAAUGAUGGCAAAUUUGCAAGCAAACGUGACGCACAUCGAAAAGGAAAUGGACUUAAGGUGCUCGAUCUUUCCGAAUCGGUAGCCACCUCCGUGAAAGAUGAAGAAGAAGAAGUCCAUCACAUUUCAAAAAAAUCUGAAGACCGUGGAACACCACCAGAAAUCAUCAUGCAACAAGAGCAAAGGGAAAUUAUUCGUGACUUUGAAGGAAAGAUCGAGCUUGCCACGAAUGAAUACAAAAAGGAGAAGAGCAAGAUUGAUGCGAAGGCGGGAAAGUUGGAAAGAAACCGUCAUGAAAAGAAAAAGGAAUUCAAACAUAAAGUGCACGAAUUGCAACGGGCAAAGAUGGCAGCACAAGAAAAGCUUGAUUGGAUCAUCGCAAACACCGCCCCGAUCGAAGUUGAGGCAUCUGAAGGAGAAGAAAGGGCCAGUAAGGAUAAUUGUAAAAGACCAAGACAAGCCGCUGAAUCUGUGACCAUCAGUGACAGCGAAAGCGAUAACUCAUCAGAAAGUGAGAGCGACAGCGGAGAAGACAGCUACAGCUCAACAAUCUCAAGUCCGCCAAUGAAGUCAAGCAGUGUAAAGCCAGAAGGUAGCUCUUCCGUGAAGAAAUAA